AUUUACCGGCAGCGAAAUCAAAAACUACACUCCUUUGUGAAAUCACUGAAAAAGUGGAAGAGUACAGUACAGACUAACCAAAGAUUAUAUAAUGGUAGUUUUGGUAUGGAAGAUAAAAAGGAGGAGCAGAUAACUCCUGCAGAUCCUGAAAUUUCAGAAGUAGAAGAUGCAGAAAACACUGUAAUUGUAAUAGAUAAAUCAGAUAAAGUACCAAGGAGGAAAAAAGAUCACAUCAUUAAAUUUACAAGAACUGAGGAGAAAAUUUCUGAAGAGGACGAAAUACAAAUAGAAGAAUCAGAAGUUCAUGACACCAUGAGAGAAGAUGAAAAAGAAGGGUGUUGUGGAUUAAGAAAGGGACCACACAUCAUAUUUUUGUCAGUAUUGUAUUUGCCCUGUGCCUUGAUUUCAUCACUUUGUGUAUCUUUCUAUUAUGGUGCAUGGACAUGGUACAAUUUAUACCUAUAUUUCAGUGAAGAAAAAACAGUUUGGCAUAAAGUGACAAUUUGUCCACUUCUUAUAUUGACGUUUCCUUUCACCGUUGGAUUUACAUCACUUGCUAUUGCCAUUUUUGCGGCCUUCAAACAAAUUUCAUGGUACUAUAGAUCUUGGAGGACUGAAAUUGUAGAUUUUGAUAAAGGAUUUUAUGGCUGGCUUUGUGACAAGAUGGGUCUCUCUCAGUGUUCGCCAUAUGAGAUGAUAUCAUUGAACGAUGAUGCUGAAUUAGAAAAUCUUCCAAUUAGAACUUAGCUGUUAUUGUUAAUGGUUGUUAUACAUAUAAAUGUAAAUCCACUGCAGAUCAGAUUAAUCCAACAAUAUUUGAAAAAAAUAACUUAAAGUUGGAAAAUACAAUUUAAAAUAAUGAUAAUCUUUAUUUAUAGGAUGAGGUGUAAUGCAUUAGUCAUGCUAGCAACGUAAAUUUCUUGAUGCCAUUGAGGCAUUGAAUCUAUAAACGUAAAGUAGCUUUUACAUGUCAGAUUCUUAAUGGGUAUAGAUUUUUAUAAUAAGACUUUAUUUUGAAACCACUCUCAAGAAACCAGUUUGACUUAGCUUAGACUUGGGUCAUAGUAUCUUUAAUAGGAUAAAUACAUUUUUAUGUUAUUACAACAUCAAUUUUGUUUAUUGAUAAUUUGUAUGCAACUUGGUUUUUUUUAACUGUUCAAUCACUGAAGUUUGCGUGCAUAACACUGCAUAAAUUGAUAACAUAAACUUUGCUAUUUUUCCUACCAUUACAUGUAUGUGCCAUUUAAAUAUAAAAUCUGCAGACAAAUGUCUUCCAUGCAGACUCUAACCUAAAUUAAGCUUCUUUUUUUUAAGAUUCAAUGUGUUGUGAUAUUUCUUUGAAAUUAUGAUUUUGUGUAUUCAUGUUAAUGAAUUUGAUACUGUACUGUAGCAAUGGGCUUGUUUUAUUUUUGAAAACAUAGUCUACAAAUGUAUUCUCGUUGCAUUGAACCCCCAUUGGUGGCCUUCAGCUGUUGUCUGCUCUAUGGUAGGGUUGUUGUCUCUUUGACACAUUCCCCAUUUCCAUUCUCAUUUUUAUAUGCACACUAAAACUUGAAAAUUAGAAAUUUCAAGCAAAUCACAAAACUUGUGUUUUGUGUUUGUUAUUAUUUUUUUUAUCUUGGUUUUUUUUUUGCCAACUUAAUUUUACCUCUAUGGAAUAUCAUAAAAAAAAAUUUCAACAGAAAACAAAAUACAUUACCAGUAAACAUCAUCAGUAUUUUUCAAAAGAGUGCCUUUUUAAUCCAAAUUCAAUAUACAAUAGUACAAGUGACCCUUAUAUGAAGACCUUAUUUAUGCAAUGUAUUGUUUAUUUCUGGAAAGAUAUGUUAAAAACCAUCGACCAUUUAGACAGUCUAAGUAAUCUUCAUUUGAUGUCAGUUAUUUGUUUAAGAUGAAUACAUGUAUAUUUGUACUAUUGUUCCAUUGGUGCAUUUGUUGAGUUGUCUGUUUAAUGUAUGAAAAAUGUAGGUUUUUUUAAAACAAAACAACAAAGGUACAUCAAAACUACACAUACAUAUCAUUCAAUAGAGACAUAUGCAAUUAAUCAUACUAACUUGGAUUAGUCCUUUAGCUCUGCUAGUUGCAAAGUUGUCUCAUAAAUAAGAUUUGAAAGUUUUAAAACAAAAAAAUAGGCUGAAUUUAAAAGGGCACUAGCUGUCAAAUUCAUAUUCACCGAUUUUAAUCAAAUUCACAUAUUUGAUUUAUAACAAUGCAAAACAUUUAUACAAAUUAUUAAAAGUCUAAAAUAAACAAUUUACAGGGCACUGGCAUGAAACUACAUAGUUUUGUUUUGUGUAUUUUAGUCUAAAUGCCAUCUAAUUAAUUAUCGAGUUGACCUCUAAAGUCAUCCGAUGACCAUAAAAGCGAUGUAAACAUAAAUAUAGAUAUCAAAAGAUUAAGCAAACUCGUGCUGUUAGAUUAUUCUAGGUCUAUUUAAUUUCAUAUUAUAGAUGAAAAAUAAGUGUUUAUAAUCGUUUUUACCUGAAUAAGAAUGAUUUUUUGUGGAUCAAAUCAUCAGUCAAUCAAAUGAUAUACCUUUGUUUCACUUUCAAUAUUGACAUUCUUUUCCUUUAAAUAACUAUACACAUACAAUUUACGUGUUAUGAUAUCAAUCUAAAGUUAAGGGGUUAAAUUGAAGUUUACAUGAAUACGAAUAUAAAUGAGGUCGAAUUAUUCACUUGCAAGUGAAUAAUUCUUAAUCAAUGUUAUUUUGCUUAUUUUGACAAAAUGGAACCGUUCUGGCUACUAAAAGCGAAUUAUUAUUUCACUAUUUCCAUUUCAUUAAUGAUUGAGCAAAAAAAAAUAUAUGUUGGAUAUUUUAUAUAUCUCGUAGCUAGUGCCCCUCUAAGGUUAUAUUAACAAAAUAUGUAAUGGAGUAUUUAUUGAUCCCUAAAAUGAGUAAAUACAAUUUUUCAAUUGAAUCAAUAUUGACAAGAUACUCUUCCUGUUGUAUGCAUGUCUAUUUGAUGUUUUUAGUUGUAAUGUUUAUUAAUUGUCAGCAAGUGUAGCUGUGUAAGCUAAACCGUUGCAAUUUUGUAUACUUCUGUUGUGGUUUUUUUUUCUCAUUGAUCUCUAUUCAUACAGUACACAGAGUCAGUGUAUAUGUAAAUACAUGUAUUUAAGUGCCUGAUAUUAUAUCUCAGGGUAAAUGUAGCAUUCAGGAUCAUUCUGUCUAAAUUAUUUAUUAUAAGACUAAGGAUUUGUAUAGUAAGGUACAAAUCCAUGAUGAAACCUAACAAUUUUUGUUUUGCAUUCAUUUCCUCAUAUGAUAUAAUAGUACAUGUACAUGUAAUAAUAAACUUGGUUAAGGUAUACACUAUGAUACUGAAACAUAUAUAAUGACUGCUUUAAAUUAUAUAGAUCUAGAUGAGUUUUAAGUUUUACAACUGAAUUUUUGCAUUUAAAAUAUUUACAUGCAUUGUCGAGGUACAUUUUAAGCAAAAUUUAUAAAGUUUGUCUUAAUUUAUUUUUUGUUAGUCCAAAAUUACUGCGGACUCUUAAAUUAGUUUAAUGUAUUUGAUUAUUACCACAAAACACAGAUAAAGUGUGAAUUUUGGUGGCAUCACUUUUACUGGCAAGAGUUAUGUCCCUUUACAAAUGGAAAAAAUGCUGAAUUUUUCAUUUCCUUUCUCUCACUUAAGUUUGCCUCUACUAAAAGUUAUGAAUCCUAUUCACAACUGAGUACAACUUGGGGUAGUGUCACUUUAACAGUUCUUGCGGUCUGUGCCAUUUUAACAUUAUAUGCAAGCCAGGGCAUCAUCUGUGUCUCAUGGACACAUUCUCUAUUUAUUUAUUUUUUAUGACUUUUGAAUUAGAUCUGAAUUUUUACAACUUUGUCCACUGUUUUAAGCAUUACAUAUCUAUCCGACAUACUAGUAUUUGUGUCACUAGAUUCUUAUGUUUUAGAAUAAUUCAAAAAGAAAGAGGCCUGAAUUAAUGUUUAAAAUUUAAGAUGAUGGAUUUAAAAUGACCCAAAUGA